AAAUCAUGCCGGUCUACUUGAGCUAGCAGGCGAAUGGACUGCAGCUCGUGGGCUAUUGAUCACUGUUUUCGCAGGGCUGGUGAGAAAAUGGCGUGUCAUCUUACCUUAUAUCACGUUACGACCGUAGCGAAGGCCUUCUUAAGUAGCGGUUGACUCAACAUUUCCUAACGGCUGAACCUUGACGUUUUGCUACAGAGCUCGUCUGCGAAGUUGAUAAUCCCCAGAGUACUGAACUUGUCCGCAUGGCGAACGUUGCUACAGAAGAGGCUAAAAAGAAUGCCUUCGACUUCGACCCGGGGCUGCCAGUCCCAAAUCCCACAGUGCCAAUGUGGCAGGUUCCGCUCCAUUCGCUUGCAAAUGUGGCUUCGGAGACGCUGCCUGACACCGCAGACGUGGUCGUGAUAGGCUCCGGCAUGACUGGAUGUAGUGUCACCAAGACAUUGCUCGAAGGGGAUCCCAUGCUCAGGAUCUCAGUGCUCGAGGCCCGAGGUCUUGCUAGCGGGGCGUCGUCGCGAAACGGCGGGCACAUCAUCUCUCCAUCGUUUGGAGACUUCCCCAAGCUCGUUGCAGGUUGGGGCCGGGAGAUGGCUGCCAAGAUCGCCAACUUCACUCUCGAAAACUGCGAGAAGACCUUCGAGAUGGUUGACGCGCUGAACGAGCCGGAGCUGAAGGAGCGAUCAGAAAUCAGACGGACGGAGAAAGUCCUGGUGCUGAACGAUGAGAGCAUCGUCAACGAAGCAAAGGAAACGCUGAAGGUCUGGAAUGAAGCCAUGCCGGAAUGCCACAGAGACAAGUACAGAUUCAUCGGCGGCAAGGUGGCCGAAGAGAAGUACGGGCUGAAGAACGUCGCGGGCGCAUGUGUCGGCUCCGCGGCCGCGGUUUGGCCAUAUCGCUUGUGGUCGGGCAUUUGGGAGCUGCUGCUGAAACGACACAAGGAUCGGCUGACGAUCGAGACGCACACGCCGGUGACGGAGGUCCAGCGCGACGACGCGUCAGACGACGCCCGGUUUCCGUACCGGGUGACCACGCCCAGGGGCGUCGUGCGCGCCGCCAGGGUCGUCUACUGCACCAACGGCUUCACGCCGCACCUGAUCCCGCGUCUGCGCGGCAAGAUCUUCCCCUGGCGCGGCACGAUGAGCUGUCAGGAUCUGGGGCCCGCGUUCCCCAACGCGGGCGCCGCCCGGUCGUGGUCCUUCGUCAGCGAGUCGCGCGUCGACCCGGAGCUCGGCGUGCCCAACGCCGGCUUGUACUACCUGACACAGAACCCAACGUCCGGCCGCAUGUUCCUCGGCGGCGAGAACGAGAGGCUGGAGAACAUCAUCUCCAGCGACGACGGCCGGCUGAACCCAAACUCCGCAAAGAAGAUCGGCCACGUGCUGCCCGCCCUGUUCCAGAACGUCGAGUCCGCCCCGCGAGUCGAGAAGGUGUGGUCGGGAAUCAUGGGUUUCACAAGGGACGGCUCGCCUCUUGUCGGAAGGCUUCCCGAGGCCGUCACGGGCCGUCCGGAAGGGGGGGAGUGGAUCGCUGCCGGGUUCAACGGGUUUGGCACUGGAUACUGCUUCCGAUGCGGACAGGCCGUUGGCGAGAUGAUGCUUGGGAAGACUGUCGACUGGCUCCCGGACGUGUUUUACGUGACCAAAGACAGGUUAGAGGACAGCCUGGUAUCAGGCUCGUUCCAUGGUGGACUCCUGCCAUGAUGUGUUGGCGAAAGUAGUACAGCUGGAGACACGCAUCCAGAUCACGGAAGCGAGCAUUGUAUCUAUUCUCAAAGAAGCAAACGGUUGCAGUCUGCAGAUCACUUGUGAAUUUUUGAGUUGAAAGAAGAUAUAUAAAAAAAAAGGAAGGAGCAACAGUAUGGUACACGUUGAAUCCCGCAAUCCGCUCACAAAUGCCUGCUCGCUCAAAUAGUAA